GGGAGGCGAUGUUCUCCAAAUACACCAACGGUAUCUACGGUGGCCGCGACAAGAUCGCUUACCUGAAAGAGUUGCUCUCGGUUCUUGCGGAGCUGCUUGGCUCGCCGGCCACGGGUCCCGCUGGGCUGCGUUGUCUCGUCGCCUGGAGCCUGUUUCGACAGCUGCUCGCAUACGCACAGCUUCCACGGGGUGCCGGCGAUAAGGAAACGCUGUACGUCUGCUACCAACGAGUCAGCGAUGUCAUGGACUUGGCACUAAACAGCCACUACCUUCAAUCAGUGGUGAACUACCAUGCAGUGUACAGAGCCUUGGACAUGUUUGCCAGAAUCCGCGAGGCCUUUGGUGCAGCAAUACGGAACUCGAGCUGGCUCGUCGGCCAUGAGCGGCACGUAGCCCUGCGGAAGCUGGCCAACAUGAAAGCCCUUGUUGGCGGCCCCGAGCAUAGGUGGGACGAGCACUACGUGGAGGAGUACUACGAGGGGCUCCCCGACUCGCCGAGUGACCGUUUUUUCGACGCGUGGCUCAAGGCUCGGUCGUUCUGCGCCCACCGCCGGUGGUUGGACCAGACGAAGCUGGUGUUCGACGUCGCCACGGUGAACGCCUACUACGAGCGCGAAACCAACGUCGUCAUCGUGCCGGCUGCCUUGCUGCAGCCCAUAUUCUUCUUCCCCGACGGCAACGAGGCGUACAACUAUGGAAACCUUGGAGAUAUCAUGGGUCACGAGAUUAUGCAUGGUUACGACAUACUAGGAGUGCAAUACGACGACAACAAACAGUUCAAGCCGUGGGACACUCCGCUGUCGCGCGAGCGCUAUGUCCAAAACGUCAUGUGCUUGCGCGGAUCCCACGCACAGGCGCUACGCCGCAAGCGCCACCUGGCACUCAACGACACGGUCGACUCGGAGAACCUGGCGGACUUCGUGGGCGCCGCGACCGCGUACGCCGCCUUCCGCAGCCUGCCGUCCUACCAGCGCCACUGGACGCUGCCCGGGCUGCACCUGACGGCCGACCAGCUCUUCUUCGUGGGCCGCUGCACCAAGACGUGCAAGCUGGCCGAGCCGAAUACGACGCGCUACGCGACCGCGCGCUCGCGCUGCAACGUGCCUCUCGUGCACAUGGAGGCCUUCGCGCGGGCCUUCCGCUGCGAGGUCGGGACGCGCAUGAACCCGGCCCACAAGUGCUCGUUCUGGGCCUGA